AUGGGAGUUAGUGGUGUAGUGUUGAGCGUGCUAGCGCUAGCUGGCCUAGGCUGUGCUACAAUUGGUGACAAUGCUCUCGACACCGGAGAGCGAGUGCUGCUAGUUGCACCAGUUUUAGCACCCCCAAAGGACUCAAAGACGCACGCUAAUGAUCGGUCGAGACAGUUCCCGAUUUUAGUGCUCCUAUCUCAGCAGAAUCCAUCAGCAAAUGUGCGCGAGCCCGCUGCUAAAUCAUUAGGAAUCAACCCUCAACCAAUUUAUGUACAGAAACUAGAAGACCAAGAGAAAUAUAAGCCAGUCCACCAAAAUAGACAGAAGAGACAUCUUCUAAAGACGGCUCUCUUCGGUCUAGGCAGUGGUGGGUUUUCACUUGGUGGAGGCUUUGGUUAUGGAGGUGGAUAUGGAGGCGGGCAUGAAGGUGGACAUCAUGACCGAUCUAAGACCAUCUACAUAGUGAAAGAGCAUGGACAUGGUCGAGGUUAUGGUGGUAAUUACGGUGGUUACGGCAGCAACUACGGUAGCUACGGAAACGGAGGAUACGGCAGCGGGAACGGCGGUGGUUAUGGCGGAGGAUAUGGUGGCGGCUUCGGGGGCGGUUUCGGGGGUGGCUAUGGAGGAGGUGGCGGCGGUGGUGGGGGCGGUGGCGGCGGCGGCGGCGGCGGUGGUGGCGGAGUCUACGGAGGCGGUUAUGGCGGUAACAACGGUGGUUAUGGCGGUAACAACGGUGGUUAUGGCGGUAACAACGGUGGCUAUGGAGGCAACGGUGGCUACGGCUCGCCUGGACAAUCCGGCGGUGGCUGCGGCGGCGGUUGCGGCGGCAACUACGGGCACAAUGGCGGCGGUGCCACAGCAUCAGCGACGGCCACCGCCACGGCGCACGCUUACUCAGACGGAUACGGCAAACGCAAGCGCUAA